GUCGUUUGUCCCUCCACACUUGCCGUAUUUGCAGUUUAGCCGUAGUGCUAACAGCUAACAGUUAUCCGGCACUUGUUCCUUCCUCUGCAUGGUUUUGAGUGAUAUUUAUUUGUUUAUUUAUUUAUUUUUAUACAAGGUAAAAAGACACCGGUCAGACAUCGUAUGCUCAAAAUGAGUCCUGAAGUUAAAGCAGCUGAUUCUCAGCAAGCACAAUAAAGAGAACCUGACAGAAAGCAAAAAAAAAACCCUGUAUGGGUGCGACUGGGUUUGAAUGAGGGGUUUAAGGCAUUCAGUCUGGAGGACCUGAAUGCUGAGUCGACGGCUGAGGACCGAAUUGGAUGGGCUUGAUGAUGGGUCCUCUUCUGGUCUGGCUUCAGGACGUGGCAGCUGUGACUCUGCUGAGGGCUCGGCGUACGCUGCUGCGGGCCGCCAUCCUCUUCUGCGCUUUGCUCCUGCUGCUUUGGGUGUCAAUCUUUUUGUACGGCAGUUUCUACUACUCCUACAUGCCCACCGUCAGCUUCUCUACGCCUGUGAACUACCAAUACAGAAGUGACUGUGAAUCUGCCAGCUCCGAACUCUGUUCCUUCCCAAUGGCUAAUGUCUCACUCCUAAAAAAUGGCAAAGAGCAGGUGUUGAUGUACGGUCAGCCGUAUCGGGUCUCUCUCGAACUGGAGAUGCCGGAAUCGCCAGUCAACGAGCAGCUCGGCAUGUUCAUGAUCAAAAUGUCCUGCUACGCCAAAGACGGAAAAAUUGUGUCUAGUGUGGCUCGCUCUGCCAUGCUGCAUUAUCGCUCCAGUCUCCUGCAGACCCUCAGCACCAUGGUGUUCUCCCCGAUGCUGCUCACGGGUCUGUCGGAGCAGAAGCAGCUGAUAGAGGUGGAGCUCUACUCAGACUACAAGUCGGACUCUUACCAGCCUACUGUCGGGGCCGUGAUAGAGAUUCAAUCUCGCCGUGUGCAGAUCUACUCUGCCCAGCUUCGGAUCCACGCCUACUUCACUGGGAUUAAAUACCUCCUGUAUAAUUUCCCCCUGACAUCAGCUGUCAUAGGAGUUGGCAGUAACUUCACAUUCCUCAGUGUGAUUGUGCUGUUUAGUUAUCUCCAGUUCAUCUGGGGAGGCUUGUGGCCCCCAGAGCAGGUUAGAGUCCAGGUAAUGAUGGGAGACACAACACGUCUACAGAAGAGAAGAGAGGAAGCCCAGAGACGCAUGCGCGCAACAGCUAGUGCUCCAAAUCUGAAGUACGAGAAGGAUCAAGAUGCACCUGCUGACCGACCAGCAGAGAGCGAGCAAACUAAAGGUGAUCUGGACACACUUGGAGCGAUUAGUUCGGUCGGGGAAUCUUCGCAAAAUGAAGAGGAUGAUCUUAACCUUCUACGUAUACCAGAGGUCAACGCGAGUGACGACUCCGAGCUGGAGCAGAGAGCCUCACAGGACACCAGUUUAAGACAAAGACAUGGGCCCUGGAUGCGUCUGUGAGUUCUCUCAUCGACAUUCUUGGACAUUUACAUCAGUGGUGUGUGUGUGUGUUUGCGCACAGACAAGCCAGAUCACAGCCGGCACGACGUGUGUGUACCACCGUGUGUCACUGGUAUAAGUUUGUUUUCACAGUUUACCUCACUGAGCUUUUUAACAUUCCUCUCAGCUCUCCAUCUCUGUCUGAAGCUCACACGGCACUCUGAUUAGCUUUCACAGGAUUUUAAUGUAACGCACAAAUACACAGCUCAGAUGUAUACUGUAUAUAUAUACAGCCACGCUUACUGCUGUUCAUGCACACGCUGCUUAAAGUACACUCCUGUGCUACAGAGUUUAUUUAUUUCACUUAUAAUGAAGGUGAGGAAACUGCAGAUUUCUGCCACAGCUUGGUUUUAUAUCCUGAACAAAGCUUCAGGUCAUCUGUUACGUUAUGCUUUUUAUGGCUUCAGGAUAUUAGUUUUGAUUUUGUUAUAGUUGGUCAUAGGUCACGGUAAUGUGUGUGUUCAUGCGAUACAGUUGCUAGAAACAAACAAGCUGAGGUUGCUGACCAAACCCAUUUGUCUGCCUCGAGUGGUGGACAUAUUUGUUUUAUAGCUUGGGAAUAAAAUAAGGGAUGUACUUUAGCGUAUAGAUUCAUCUAGACAGAAAUAUAUAUAUAUAUAUAUAUAUAUAAGGUGUGUCCCAAAUCACAUUGUGUGGUGCAAAUAGUGUGAGUAGUGUUCAAUUAAAAGAAGUGCACUUCAAGGACCCGGUUGAUGCACUUAUACAAACAAAUAAACAAAGUUUCAUGCACUUGCUUUGCUUAUAAACCAGAAAAGGGGUGGGGCUACCAGGCACUGAUGAGAAAACAUUUUCAAGAAGGACGACGACACUCCAGUGGACAAGACGUCACACAAAUGUCCUUUAAAUUGGUCCAUGUUGUGUAAUUUAUUUCUCAACAUUUAACAAAAAAAAUCAGUGUAUUCUGUUAAAGUUGGCAUAUGAGCGUUUGAUGUCAUUUUUUUUAUUGCCUGAGAAACGGCUUAUAAGUAUAAAAUAUUAGCAUUCCAUUUGAGACCCUUCUAAUAUCCAUACGCUAAACUCUAGGGUCCAUGUUGUACGGUGUGUAGUAUGUCAUUUGGGACGCAGCUUAUUGGUGGUGAAUUGUUACAUAUUGACCCUAUGUACCAUUUUGAAGGCUAAUAUACAGGAUUUUGGUUGUAAUGUCCAGCAUGUAAAGAAUGUAAUACCAUGAGAUGGGUAUCAGUUGUUCCAAAGAGUGUAGAAAUAUGUCUGGUGUCCUGGGAAAACCGUUAGGCUUGUCACUCAAAAUGCCGAAGCAAACAGGUUUAAGAAAACAUAUUUCAGCAAGAAGACAUAGAAAUGUUUUGAUUUGCUUCCUAACCUGGUUAAGAUGUCUUUAUUUGUCACAUACACAUUACUGCACAGUGAAAUUCGUUGUGGUCAGAGUGCAGGGUCAGCCAUGAUGCAGCGCCCCUGGAGAAGGGUGGGUUGGGGGCCUUGCUCAAGGGCCCAAUGGUGGCAGCUUGAACCCUGAUCUUCCAAUCAACGACCCAGAGCCUUAACCACUUGAGCUAUCUCUGUCUGUUUUUUGUAUGCCUUUCUAUCUAUCUAUCUAUCUAUCUAUCUAUCUAUCUAUCUAUCUAUCUAUCUAUCUAUCUAUCUAUCUAUCUAUCUAUCUAUCUAUCUAUCUAUCUAUCUAUCUAUCAUCUUCCGAUCAACAACCCAGAGUCUUAACCACUUGAGCUAUCUCUGUCUGUUUUUUUAUGCCUUUCUAUGUCUGUAUCUAUCCAUCUAUCUAUCCAUCUAUCCAUUGGAAAUAUUUCAGGUUUUCAUUUCACUUACCUUCCGAUAAUCUUUCAUAAAGCAUCAGUCUUGUUUACUUUCUAAUGUAGACAUAGGUAGGUUUUAUAGCCUGUUUUUAAGAUUAAUAAUAAUAAAUAAUAGAAAACAGCAUGUGAAGGGUUUUCCCAGGCCACCACACAUAUUCAAGCAUCAACUGUGUUUUUUUUAUUAAAUGUUUUAACUCGUAUUUUUAUACUAAUACAAUGUGUUUAUUUUUUGUUAUGUUUUAUGUUGCUGUAAUACACACAUGUUAAUGUGCACACUUGUGUUUUCAUGUUAUUUAUUGAAUAAAAUCUGGUUGCUCUGUC